AUGUUCUCUGCAAUGGCAAUCGACCAAGCCCAUGAACAAAACAAUGCUGUCAUCAAAGGGGAUGGGGGAGCUGUUGGUCUGACAGAGGAUCCAUCAGCUCUUUGGAGGUGGAUGGUGGCUGGUUCAGAAAUUAGCAAAUUCGUUGCUGACUAUGAAGCCAUAUCAGGAAGCAAAGAGGCGAAGAAAGGAAGUCAUCACCAUGAGCAGUCGCCAACUGCUCAGAAGGCAUUCUUUGAAAAGGUUCAGUGGCUUACAAGUGUCAUAGAAGAAAUGGGCAAUCCAUUUUCAGAGGAGUCCACUGAUCUACUGUCGCUUGACACUAAGGACAUUGCUGAUCCUACAGCAGCACUGCUGGUUGCAUCUCAUCUGGAGAAAGGGAAAGAGCAAUUCCAAACAUUCAUGGAUAAACUCAAGACCGACAGUCAGCAUUUCUAUCAGCCAAUCAAAUGGAAUAAUAAAGACUUCUUCAAAACAAGCACAGAUCCAACAGAGAAAUCAGAAACACAGCUACUAAAGGAAGAUUGUCAACUGUUCUCCCGCCUUUUUAUCUCCUGCCAAAGCAGAGGAUGUGAUUUAUCACAGUUUUUCAAACAUGAGAACCAAUCUUUCCCUCCGUCACUCAACAAGCGAGGCAAACUACAUGUCGCUACCAAGUUUGAUCUCGUGGACGUCCUGCAAACCAAGGUGGAGCUUCCAAACACGAAGCCAGAAACUGACGUACUCAUAGUAGAUGGUGCAUUUCUAGUCAAUACAGUAACGCCGAAGACGUUUGAAGAAUAUGCCAGACAGGAUAUUCUUCCUAAGGUGCAAUACUACAGUAACAAUUACAAGAGGACAGAUAUCAAUUUUGAUGUCUAUCACGAGUCUAGUCUGAAGUCUGAAGCAUGA